AUGGACAUGAGUCUAUCUGAAAUCUGCGCUAUGUUAGGUGACCGCAUUGAACAAUACAACAGUGCCAGCAGGAAAAGAAAAACGAACAUUACAUACAGCUCGAGAAAGAAGUUGUUGUCUUCGAAGAUGGAACUGUCUUCAUAUUUAUCUUCUUCAAAGAGUAAAGAGACAUCUGUCGAACCUCCGAUUAAUACAAUAAUGGAGUCACUAGUUUCAUCGGUAAGUUUUUCCUCCACCACGAAGAUUUCUGAAGUGAUACAAAACAGACGCUACGUCAGAAGAUCCGUUAUCAUACAGCCAAAGAAAUUAACUUUUGAUAUCGAAGAAGAUUGA